AUGGACGGGAACACCUCCCCGGCCACGGCGUCGCCCUUCCGUAUCCCUUCCAGCCUCCAUGUCUCCACAAUCAGCAGCAUCUUCGGUGCCCGACCUCCCCAGCCUCGGGAAAGUGUCCUAGGGGUGAGCUUCAAGCCCUACAGCCCCGAGUCCAGCCCAGCCCCGGCCGCCUGCACGACCUGGGAGAGCACACGUAAAGGAUUCUCCAUGUUCAGAGCUCCUUGUGUGAGCCAGCGGCGGCUUGUGCUCAUCUUCUGCGUCUCUGUCCUCAUUGUGCUGCUCAUCGCCCUCAUCCUGCUGUUUAUGCUGUGGAGGUCACAGACUGGCAUCGUGUACAAGGAGCCGACCGAGACCUGCAGGGACAGCCCCGUGCGCUGCGACGGCGUCGCCGACUGCUCCCUGAGGAGCGACGAGCUGGGCUGUGUGCGUUUCGCAGCCAACGAGUCCCUGCUGCACGUCUACUCCAGCGCCGAGAGCCAGUGGCUGCCGGUGUGCAGCAGCGGCUGGGGCGACUCCUUCUCCAGAAAGACCUGCAAGCAGCUGGGAUUUCACAAUGCAUCACAGACCGAAUACAUUCCCCUGAACAUCCCUGGCAAGAGCCUCACUGUGAGCAACGAGCAAGACACCAUCCAGCAGAGCCUCAACAGCUCCCAGUGUCUCACGGGAAAGUACGUCUCUCUCCGAUGCACAGCCUGUGGGCAGCGGAUUUCUGGCCGGAUCAUUGGAGGAAAGGAAACCUCAGUGAGCAAAUGGCCCUGGCAGGUCAGCGUGCAGUACGGGACCAUCCACAUCUGCGGCGGCACCAUCAUCGACGCGCAGUGGGUGCUCACUGCAGCCCACUGCUUCUUCAUGAACAGCAUGAAGAUCCUCGAUGACUGGAAGGUGUACGGCGGGGUCUCGGACCUGAAGCAGCACGCGGAGGGCAUCCCUGUCUCCCAGGUCAUCAUCAACUCCAACUACAGCGAUGAUCAUGAUGACUAUGACAUCGCUCUCAUGAAGCUCUCCAGGCCACUGACACUCUCAGGUCAGGUUCGCCCAGCCUGCCUCCCCAUGCACGGCCAGCGCUUCCAGACCGGCAGGUCCUGCUUCAUCACUGGCUUUGGGAAGACCAGGGAGAACGAAGAUAACACAUCCCCAAAGCUGAGGGAGGCUGAGGUGAGGGUGAUUGACUACAAGAUCUGCAACAGCGACAAGGUGUACGAGGGCUACCUGACCCCACGGAUGAUGUGCGCCGGGUACCUGCAGGGAGGGAAGGACGCGUGCCAGGGUGACAGUGGAGGGCCCCUUGUCUGCGAAGAGAACGGCCGCUGGUACGUGGCCGGGGUGACGAGCUGGGGGACAGGAUGUGGCCAGAAGAACAAGCCCGGGGUCUACACACGUGUGACAAAGCUCCUCAGUUGGAUAUACAGCAAAAUGGAGGUGAGGUGGCAGGGCUGUUCUCAGAGUGAGAAGCACUAA